CGUCCACCAACGUUACCACUUUUCUAUAUAAAUCUACUUCCACUCUUCCUCAUUUUCUCAACAAUAUCCUCCACUUUCCUUCUCUCCAAACACAAUUCACUAAAGCAAAAACAGCUAGAAGAAGAAGGAAUGGCCGCCUCGGAUAAAGUUCAAGAACUGCAUGUAUAUGAGAUGAAUGAAAGAGAUCGUGGUAGUCCAGCUUACCUUCGUUUAAGUCAGAAACCUGUUAACUCACUUGGUGAUAUUGUCCCUUUUAGCAACAAAAUAUAUAGGGGAGAUUUGGAGAAACGGAUAGGAAUAACAGCAGGGAUGUGUAUAUUGAUAGAGCAUAAACCCGAACUGAAAGGUGACCGCUACGAAGCCAUCUUCAGCUUUUACUUCGGAGACUACGGUCACAUAGCGGUGCAGGGACCUUACUUGACUUACCAGGACUCGUAUCUCGCUAUUACUGGUGGAUCUGGCAUUUUUGAAGGUGUCUCUGGUCAGGUCAAGCUCCACCAAAUCGUCUUCCCCUUUAAGAUUUUCUACACUUUCUAUUUGAAGGGAAUUGGUGAACUCCCAGAAGAGCUGCUUUGCAAGCCGGUUGACCCACACCCAGCUGUUGAAGCCGCUCCGGCUGCUAAGGCUUGCGAGCCACAUGCCGCCAUUGCAAAUUUCACUAAUUAAAUAAAUUAUGAAUCUUAUGUAAUUUUAAAUCCAAAGGUGUUAGUAUUUUUAUUUUCAUUUUAAUAUUUUGUACCUUUAUAAGAGGAUAUCAUUAAAUUGUUAUUUCUUAUUA